GAGUGACCUACAGGUGUAAAGCCGCCACACUUGGAGUUCAAGGCCUUUUCCUUUUAUCAGGCGCCCCUUGACGUAUGCCUGGAUUACGAUGGUUACGUCGUCUAUCUACCUGUGGUGUCAACAUUGCUCGUUGUUUACCCGUAUCUUGUAUUUUUAAAAGUCGAGUUGCAAAAAGUGUCACAGCUCGUCUUUCCCUAGGAUUAUUUACCAUCUAUUUACUGCUUUUUGAAAUCUACUUGGUAUUGCCUUCGUUAUUUGGUCGUGAAGUUCACCUCACAUACUGCAUAUUACUGGUUAUUUAUGCAUUUUUCUAUGCAAGCGUUAUAAAAUGCAUUUUUGUAGACCCGAGUAUUCGUGGUCUCUUGCUUUCUUCGAAGUCAAAACCUGAUUGGAGUUAUUGUCUUACAUGCCAAACUGUGCGACCACCUCGUGCUCACCAUUGCUUUGAUUGUGGCACAUGUGUUCUGCGACGUGACCAUCAUUGUACUAUCAUAGCUCAGUGUAUUGGUCAUGCAAAUUGGCGAUAUUUUUGUAAUACUCUAUUCUAUGGUAUGCUAGGCUGUAUAUUUAUGAGUUAUUAUAAUCUACAGCUGAUAUUUCAAUCAGACUAUUUCCCGUUAACAUGGUCAGCAUACUAUCGUUUAUUGUGCAUAUUAGCACCGCCUGGUUUUAUGUGGUUAACUGGUUAUUUAACAUUUUUACAAAGUUUUGUAUUUUUAACAACAAGUCUAUCCUUUUUUACAGCUUGUCUUUUGUGCGUAUUUAUUAUUUACCAGUUUAAUAUGAUGUUGUGUAAUCAGACAAUGUUUGAAAGAGCAUUCCAUUCAUUCAGUCGUCAUCAUAAUCACACUAAUAAUAAUAAUAAUAAUAGUAAUAAUAAUGAUAAUAGUUAUACUGAUUAUAGUAGUCCAGCUGUAAGAACCUAUCAACAACAGAAGGAGAAGGAAGAGACGGAGACAUUGAAGACAUCAUCAUCAACUACUGCUCAACAGCAACAGCUACCAGGCUACAAUAACUCAUCGCCGUGUAUGUAUAAUAUCGGUUAUAUAAAUAAUAUUAAACAGUACUUGGGUGAACGUUGGAUUUUAGCUUUUCUCUGUCCUCUAGUCAAUUCUCCAUUGACUACAGAUGGUUUAACCUAUCCAAUAUCAGAUGGCGUGAAAUUUAAAUGAAGGAGAUACAAUUUUACCCUUUUUUUGUUUUCUCCCUUGUUUUCCUUUUGUUUUUCUCUUCUUCUUCGAUCUCUUCUUCUUUUGAGCUUGUCUAUGUAUUUUGUUUAUUUUCUGAAAAAUUGUUUGACGUGCGAUUUCGUCCAUAUAUAUAUUGACAAACCAGUAUCCUAAUUUGUAAAGAAAAUAUAAACGUAUGUAAGUA